AUGGAAGAUUCAAUUAAAAUGUCAUCAAUAUCAAUCGAAGAUGACUUAAAGGUGAGAGAAGAGGAUACUGAUGAUGAAAAUGAAAUCCAACAACAUUUAUUCUAUAGUUAUUCGGAUGAUCAAGGUAAAUAUAUUCUAGUUUUGAAAGAAAUCUGUAAAUCUAAUGGGUGGGACUUCAAUCAAUCCGAUCCAGACUUAAUUUGUGAAUUUUUAAGUGGUUUAGAAAUAAACCAACGAGGUCGCACAGAUUCGAAUGUUGGCUCAGUAGAAAUCAAAGAGCCCAAACAGAGUGAUAAUUGCCCUCAAAAUCUUGGUAAUUUGACUCCAUUUCAAAUCUUUACUCUAUUCUUUGAUUUUAGUAUCAUUGAACUCAUAACGACAGAGACCAACUUAUAUAUGGAUCAAAAGGGUAUAAAUCUAGAGUUUGAACAAAAUUUCCAAUCAAAGUGUACUUAUGAGAUCUUAAUUGCUUUUAUUGGUGUUUUACUAUGCAUGGGAAUCUGUAAAAUGCCAUCUUUUUCUAGUUAUUGGAGAGGAAAUGGUGAAGGAUUCACUCCAGUUCGAAACCUAAUGUCUAGAAAUCAAUUCACCAGUAUUUAUUCAACUAUUCAUUUUGCAAAUAACAACCAAAAAGAUCCAAACGAUAUCUUUUACAAGAUUAGACCAUUGAUUCGACACUUGGAAAGCAAGUUCAUGUUUUAUUGGAAACCAACAACUAUUUUAUCAAUUGGUGAAGAUUUAAUUGAUUGUCGUCAGAAUCAUCCUCACCUUCAGUAUAUGUUUGAUCAACCAACUAAAUGGGGAUUUAAGAUGUUCAAGCAAGUUGAUAGUAAAGGCUACCUCUUUUCGUUUAAGAUCCACCAAGGGAAAAUCGGUCAAGAUAAAUCUACACCUACGGAAAGAGGAUGUACCGAAAAUCACAUUCUAUAUCUUCUGAAUCAUUUGCCAAAAGAUCAGAAAUAUCACAUUUGUAUUGACAACUAUUCUGCCCGCAUAGAUACUGUCGAAGAUUGUAAAGAAAAUUGUAAAGGUGAAACAAUUACUAAGGAAUAUCCACAAGAGUUGAAGUUUUAUCGAAUUUACUCUGGACAUGUAGAUAGAAACAAUGAAAAUACAUCUCAACACCAGAUUGUUUUGGAAUCUCGUAAAUGGUGGUUCAAUAUAUUCAAAUACCUUCUUUCCCUCUCCAUUGUAAACUCAUGGGCUAUUUACAAAGAAUGGCAUACGAUAUCACUUCCUGAUUUCAUUAAGGAUAUUACCCGUCAUAUUUCCAAAAACUAUAGCACUCUUAUCUUGUCAAAAAAGAACUCUAAUCCAAAAUCAGUCAGUAAAACUAAAUUUCAAAAAUCAAAAUAA